AUGAGCAGCGGGGCGACGAUAGCGAGCGGUGGGGCGACGAUAGCGAGCAGCGGGGCGACGAUAGCGAGCAGCGGGGUGACGAUAGCGAGCACCAGGGCGACGAUAGCGAGCACCAGGGCGACGAUAGCGAGCACCAGGGCGACAAUAGCGAGCAGCAGGGCGACGAUAGCGAGCACCAGGGCGACGAUAGCGAGCACCAAGGCGACGAUAGCGAGCACCAGGGCGACGAUAGCGAGCAGCGGAGCGAAGCAUCUUGCCCUCCCUGUUUUCCUCUCCCUUUCCCCCUGUCCGCCUCUCCCUUUCCCCCUGUCCUCCUCUCCCUUUCCCCCUGUCCUCCUCUCCCUUUCCCCCUGUCCUCCUCUCUAUUUCCCCCUGUCCUUCUCUCCCUUUCCCCCUGUCCUCCUCUCCCUUUCCCCCUGUCCUCCUCUCCCUUUCCCCCUGUCCUCCUCUCCCUUUCCCCCUGUCCUCCUCUCCCUUUCCCCCUGUCCUCCUCUCCCUUUCCCCCUGUCCUCCUCUCCCUUUCCCCCUGUCCUCCUCUCCCUUUCCCCCUGUCCUCCUCUCUAUUUCCCCCUGUCCUUCUCUCCCUUUCCCCCUGUCCUCCUCUCCCUUUCCCCCUGUCCUCCUCUCCCUUUCCCCCUGUCCUCCUCUCCCUUUCCCCCUGUCCUCCUCUCCCUUUCCCCCUGUCCUCUCCCUUUCCCCCUGUCCUCCUCUCUAUUUCCCCCUGUCCUCCUCUCCCUUUCCCCCUGUCCUCCUCUCCCUUUCCCCCUGUCCUCCUCUCCAUUUCUCCCUGUCCGCCUCUCCCUUUCCCCCUGUCGUUCUCUCCCUUUCCCCCUGUCCUCUCUCCCUCCCACCCUUCCUCCCCCUCUCUCACAUCCCUUCCUUUCCUACUGUCCUCUCCCACCAUUCACGCUUCUCUCAGCCAUCCCUUUCCACCCUCCCCUGUCCCUCGCUUUCCCCCACUACCGUCCCUUCCCUUUCCACUACGUUCUCUCGUCCAGCCCAGCCGACACGGCGCUCCUCCUCCUGAUCUCCGCCGCGUCGCUCGUUUCCUGCGAGCAGCGCCUCUCCUACUCGGGAUUCGCGACCAACGAGGAUGGCGUACUCGUCGCGAAGCAGAGCCGGGUUACCCUUUUCAAGCGCAAUUCGCCGAACGCAAAGUCGUCUUCGUCAAACGGCAAGUCCGCGUUCGCGAAAAAGCAAAAGCAAGCCGAAGCAGAGAUGAUUGCGGCGGCCAGCAAGCGCACCAAAAGCCCGAAAAAAGCCCGAUCCUUCAGCAGCAUCUUCGGAAGCCUCGUCUCUGCGCCCGCUGCGCAAGACACGCCGGUAGCGGCGGCGCCGUCUCUCACGAUUUUCUGCUCGCCGAAGCCCUACUCGUCUGUUCUCGAUCCCAAGGACCCGCAGCCGGACAACCAGAUCCGCGCGCUGCGUUCCUGGCUGCGCCUCACGCCUUCCCCAAAGAUCGUCCUUCUCGGGAACGACUCGACCUUUACCGAGCUCGCGCGUCGCUUCCCGAAGCAGGUCUCCGUGGAAUCCGCCAUCGAUACUAACUAUUACGGCCUGCCGCAGUUUCAUAGUAUCGUGGCGCGCGCGCAAGCGGCGGACACGGACCUGUCGAUGAUCAUCAACGGCGAUAUCAUCCUCCUUAACAACGUCCUCGAUGCAAUCAACAAGGUUCACAAAACAUUCCCUCAUUGGGUGAUGACCGCAGCGCGGUGGGACGUGGCGGAGGACUUCCCGUACACCUUCUUCCCCUCCAUGUGGGCGAAUGCGCGCAGCCGCGGUCCCGCGGCGCUCGAGAAGGAAAUCGCCGAGUACGCGCGGACCAAGGGGUCGCUGCAUACGUAUGGCGGGGUGGAUUUCUGGGUGUGGAAUAACUCUCCCGUGCAGCUGCAUACAGGCAUCAUGCCGCCAUUCGCGUUCGGGCGCGGCAAGUACGACAACUGGUUCACGCACGAGAUCGUCGCGUCGGGCCUUCGCGAAGUCGUCGACGCGAGCGACGCGGUGACGUCCAUCCACGUGGCGCACUCCUACUCGCACGUGACGGAAUCCGCGGAAACUAAAAACGGCGCGGCGGCACUCGCGGGGAAGAACUUCUGGAGCACGCGGAAGAAGAGCAGCUGGGAGCUUUUCGCAAAUAUCCACCUCGCGCAGACCCACGGCUCUUACUCCAACCAGCUCGGAACCGCGCUCCACGUGCCGUGGAAAAUGUCGUCCUGCUUCGAGCCGGCCGUGAACAACAUGUGCCUGCAGCGCCGCCUGCGCCCCGCGACCUGCCAGUGCGAGUAUUCUAACUUCGUCGAUAUCAGCCAGUCCGACCCGAAGAUCGAUCCGUCCGGCCGCAGAUGGACCUGCGGUAGCGUUUCCGUCGAUAAGAAAUCGGAUUACUCGAUCCAGGCCGUUCCUACGCCGGGAUCCGCGGUGGGGCUGCCGCACACGGCGGCGCAGCUGCUUCCGCAGGUGGCGCGCGAGGUGGGCGGGCUGAAGGUGGUGAUUCUCGUGGCGGUGACCAUGGGGUAUGCGGAGAUGCUCAUGAGCUUCGUGUGCCGCCUGCGCGGGCUGGGUCUUGCGGAUAACCUCGUGGUGGCGGCGUUGGAUGAGGACUUGUACCGAUUCGCCUUCUCGCAGGGACUUGCUGUGUAUCACGAGCAGGUGAGCGCUCAAUGCGACCCAGAUCUACCCUUUCUCGGUUUCCUCUCUUCCCUACUACCCCAUGUCGUCCCGCAUUCUGUCUGCCCGUCGCCCCGCCGUUUCCCUCCUUCGCUUUCCCCUAACCCCCCUCCUUCCCUUUCUCUCCUUCCCUCCUUUUCAUCCGUGCAGGUGAGUGUGGGGUAUCAGGGGCUCAACUCCAAGGAUUGUGUGUUCGGCAGCCAGUGCUUCCGGCAGUUCACCAAGCUCAAGUCGCGCUCCGUGCUAAAGGUUCUCAAGCAGGGCUACUCCGUGCUCUGGACCGAUGUUGACAUCGUCUGGUUCUCCGAUCCUCUCCCGGACCUGCUCAGCUACGGCCCGGGCACCUUCCCGAUCCAGAGCAACGAACCCAACGGGUCGAUUCCAGGCACGGGGAUUCGGCGAAUCAACUCGGGGUUCUACUUUGCUAGGUCUGAUCCCAAAACCAUCGAGGCGUUCGAGGCGAUCACUGCGCAUGCCGCCACGACCAAGCUAUCUGAGCAGCCGAGCUUUUACGACAUUCUGUGCGGAGUGAAGGGAGAGAACCUGGUGGCUGGGAAGGAGGAGUGCCGGUGGCAAAACGGCCUGCGGACCAUUUUCCUCGACCGCAAGGUGUACCCGAAUGGCGCGGUUCAUAACUACUGGGACCAUGAGGACGUGCUUGAGAAUUGCCUGAAGCACGGAUGCACCAUCCUGCACAACAACUGGAUUGCGGGGAAGGAUGCGAAGAAGAAUCGGUUCAUGGUGAACAAGUUCUGGCAUUAUGAUCCUGAGAGGAGGAUGUGCACGUGGAGGUGGCACUCCAAGCUGCCUACUGUGGCACACGCUGACUCUGUGCAGGCUCAAUAA